UAUUGAAUUACUCCCAUAUAAGGAGUUUUUUCUCCCCUUUUCUAUCUGUUUGGCCAAAAUUUAUUGAUAAAGAUCAACAGAUUGCUUUCUCUCUUUGCUACUUCCACUUCUUCUUCUGGAGAGGAGCUGUUAACACAAAUGAAACGAAAAGGCCUAUCAAUCAAGCCCAUAAGCUUCCAAUCUUCACUGAAGACAGCAGAAGGACCUGGAGCCAAAUGUCCGGGUGGGCUGCCGGAAAUGGAUCCGGAGAUAUGGAGUCGGUUGCCGGAGGAGGUACUGGAGCACAUCCUCUCCUUCUUGCCUCUCAAAACAGUGAUGAAUUUGAGGUCAACUUGUAAGAAUUUCAAGUCUCUAAUAUACUCUCCUUCUUUUGUGUCUAGACACUCUUCUUCCUCUUCUUUCUCUUCUUUUCUUUUGCUGUCUCACCCUCAAUGUCACGGUCAUUUUCCUCUCUAUGACCCUAGCCUUGGCACCUGGCGCAAUUUAGCUCCUUCGUUCUCUAUUUCAGUAUCCGGAGCUGCACCAUCGACUCUGCUUUCGUCUUCGAAUGGGUUGUUCUGCUUCUCUAUCCCCAAUUUGUCUUCCUUCCUUGUGUGCAAUCUUCUGGCCAAAUCUUCAAGAAUUAUUGAGUUCCCAUCAUACCCUUUUGGAUUUGAGUUGCUCACUUUGGUUUCUACUUCAUUUGGGUACAAAAUCUUCAUGAUCUGCACUCAGUCUUCGUGUAAUCAAGCUUUUAUUUAUGACUCAAGGACCCAUUCUUGGCAAAAUUUUGAUCGGUUUGAUCCAAUUCUAAGUGCUAAUUAUUAUCAAGAAGGUGUGUACUUUAAAGGGUCUUUGUAUUUUACCACUUCAGAGCCAUUUUCAGUAGUGUGCUUUGAUCUGGAAAAUGGGGUUUGGGAGAGGUUAGAAACUAAUUUGCCCAGUGACCUUACAUUUGUGAGGCUUGUGAGUGAUGGGGAAGAGAAAUUAUGUAUGGUUGGAGGGAUUGGAAGAAAUGGGAUUUCAAGGAAUAUGAAGUUGUGGGAAUUGGAUGAUGAAAGAAAUUGGAUUGAAGUGGAGAGUUUGCCGGAGUUGAUGUGCAGGAAAUUCAUGUCUGUUUCUUACCACAACUACGAGCAUGUCUAUUGCUUUUGGCAUCAGAAUACAAUCUGUGUGUGCUGCUAUACUUGGCCAGAGAUAUUGUAUUACAAGGUGUCAAGGAGGACUUGGCAUUGGUUGCCUAGAUGCCCUUCAUUGCCUGAGAAGUGGAGCUGUGGUUUCAGGUGGUUUUCUUUUGUUCCAGAGUUGUAUGCCUUAGCUUGAACUGGGGUGUCCUAUUAUCUGUCCUAUUGUCUGAAUUGAUGCUUGUCCUGGAGUAGUUGUAUUUAUCUUAAAAGGAUAUCUAUUAGUAUUGUUUGUCUGGUUCACUUUUCUUUUUCUUUUUGUUUUUUUUGUCUUGUGUAUAUACUGUUGCUUAGCAGUAGUCUGAAAAUUUCAAUUCCAUUUCCUUGUGUAAACAAAUCUAUCAUAAGUUUUCUUUCCUGGAGGAUAUAAUGAAUUGGGCGCCCUUGCCCAUUCUCCA